GGGUGGCCAGCAGCUUGCCGGCGGCGUGUAUAUAUAGCUAGGACCUUUGGGCGUCGAGAAGAGCAGACAGGCACCCAUCAUCAUCCAGCUGAAACCAUCGGCCGAUCGCUCGCCGGAGCCGGACACAGCAUCGAUUCUCCUCGCACGCGCACGUCGGAGGUGGUCGAUCGAUAGAUAGAUAGGUGAUGGAGAACGAGAGGAACAACCAGGCUCCGCCACCGCCCCCAGGCUACUACCCGUCGGCGGCUGCGGAGCAACGGCAAGCCGGCGGCGGGAAGAAGGGCCGCCGGGGAAGCACCAAAUCCAAGGGCGAGAAGGGAUUCAUCGAGGGAUGCCUGGCGGCGUUGUGCUGUUGCUGGAUCUGCGAGAUGUGCUGCGACUAACCGGCCGGCGAGGUCACUGCCGGCAAAAUACGUUGGUGCUAGCGCCUAUGAAGAUUGAAGAACGUACACAUACAGAGAGUCGUUGCUUGAUUACAGUGUUUGUUUGUUGUUUUACGUUCUGCGGAAAUAACCGAGAACGCGUGGGUUCGUGUGUGAUGUCCAUGUCCUACCGUGCGCCACACCUAUAAUCAAUUUUAAGGCGCCAAAUUAUCGGC